GAGGAGCCGGUACACCUGUGCAAGACUGAAGGGGAGGAGCCGGUACACCUGUGCAAGACUGAAGGGGAGGAGCCGAUACACCUGUGCAAGACUGAAGGGGAGGAGCCGGUAAACCUGUGCAAGACUGAAGGGGAGGAGCCGGUACACCUGUGCAAGACUGAAGGGGAGGAGCCGGUACACCUGUGCAAGACUGAAGGGGAGGAGCCGGUAAACCUGUGCAAGACUGAAGGGGAGGAGCCGGUACACCUGUGCAAGACUGAAGGGGAGGAGUCGGUACACCUGUGCAAGACUGAAGGGGAGGAGCCGGUACACCUGUGCAAGACUGAAGGGGAGGAGCCGAUACACCUGUGCAAGACUGAAGGGGAGGAGCCGGUACACUUGUGCAAGACUGAAGGGGAGGAGCCGGUACACCUGAAUGGGAGACCGAGCAGAGGAUGCCGGGAGCCGGGU